AAGGAGAGCGAAGUCGUCUUCUGGAGAGGCGCCGCAGCUGCUCCGGGACAGCCUGCCGGCCGCGCUUCUCUACAACUCCGCUCCUCCCGCCGUCGAGGGGGCCCCUCCCGCGCCCCUCUAUACCGCGGCCCCUUCUUUUCUGCUCUCUUCGCCCGCCCGCCACGGCCCCCAGGAUGUACAUCUGGCACGUCGCGGCUUGCGCACUGUUGCUGGCGCUGCUGGCCUUGGGGCUGGAGGCCAAGCCGGCUCCCCAGAACCUGCAGAAGGGCCCCUCGGGCAGCGCGGCUGCGGCAGCGGCGCUGGGGCGCGAACUGGCGGAGCUGCUGGAGGCGUCGUCGGGGCCCGCGGCGGGCGCUGCGCGUAGCGGUGGCGGCGGAGGGACUAAGCAGAGCUCCUCGUCGCAGCAGCAGCAGCAGCAGCAGAAGGGCAAAGGGUCCUCGUCGUCGAGGCUGAUGCGGGACCUGCGCACCGACACCAAGCAAUCGCGGGGCAGCUGGGCGCGGGGGAUGCACCCGGAGCACCAUGCCGGUGGAGGCGGCGGAGGAGGCGGAGGCGGCGGAGGGUCGCGGCGCUUCAAGGGCCUCGCCAAGAAGGGCCUCUCGAAGGGCUGCUUUGGCCUCAAGCUAGACCGCAUCGGCUCCAUGAGCGGCCUGGGCUGCUGAGCCGUCGAGGGCGGCCAGCGGGCGACACCUAGAGGCGGUCUUUGGACUGACUGCCAUUCGGCAUCCCAUCACUCCAUUCCAAGGACAUUUUGGGGACAUCUCCUCACAGUCAUCCAGGGUCACUGUUGAUGGACUACCGAAUAAGGCCUGGCUGGGCUUAUCCUAUUGGUACAAGGACCUGUAGUGGAACCAGCAAUUUUGGGGUGUGGAGGUCAGGGGUGGGUUUGUUUUCCUUUUGCAAUCCAAAACAACUCUUCCUACCAUACCCAUAUACACACACAUAUAUCUACCUACCUACCUACACACACACACACACACACACACACACUCCACACACAUACCUUCCCCCCUGCCAUGAGACUGAUGUAUGCCAUAAGGUUGCUGUUUGUACAUUCAUGUCACACAUAAAUGUAUUUAUGUUGUAAAGCUAUUUAUAUAUUGUUUAUA